AUGCAAUAAAACAUUGUUAAUUGCACAGUCUCCGGACAUGAAAGUCAAUAAAUUUAGUCUCUUUGUUUAAAUCUUUAAUGUCCUUUCAGAUCUGCCUCAUGUUAAUUAUGCAAAUAGGAAUAGCAUAAAGAUCAUGAUAAAGAUCUUAAAGAACUUAACUUAGUUGAGCAAUAAAUCGCCUCUAUAGAAGCUGCAUAAUUGAAUAUGAUUUCGGUCUUAAGAAGGAUGGAAUAUGAGAUUUAAACAGCCAUAAAGAAUAUCAAUCAUUCAGUUCAAACAUUAAUUGCUCCGAUAGAAAAUUAUAGAAAAACAGUUAGUAAUCACACUAUCGAAGAUCUCGGUUAAUUUUUCAAAAAGAUUCAUUCUUUUAAUUACCCUGAGCAAGUAGGAAGACUAUCCCAGAUUCUGAAUUCUCUUUACAAAUUAAAUUCAUUCGAAGAUUAAGGAAAAAGCAACCCUGUAUAAACAGUAGUAUUGCCAAACACAACCAAAUAAAAUGAAUCAAAACAAUAUUUCGAUAAAGGUCUUGAGUUAUGUACUUAGGGCUAAUUUAAUGAGGCUAUCAAGUUAUUCGAUAAAUCGCUCGAGAUUUCUUCGACCAAUAUUGAAGCCAUAUUUUAUAAGGCUGAAGCUCUAAGAAAUACCGGAGCCUUCGAAAAAUCUAUUGCGGAAUAUGAUAGAUGCAUGAAAUUUGACUCAGAUGAAAAAUUGGAAUACAAUUUUGGAAAAGGGGAAGCAUUAAGAGCUUUGGAAAGAUAUGAGGAUGCAAUAUUGUUAUUUGAUAGGGCAUUAAAAGUGAACAUAAAUCAUUUUAACUCCCUCUUUGGCAAGGCUGAUUGUUUAAGAAUGUUGGGGAUGUUGGAAGAGUCUCUAAAAUACUAUAACUUCGCUUUGAAAGAAAACCAAAAGGCUUUUACAUGUUUAAAAUUCAAAGCUGUUAUUAUGGAAGAAAUAGGAUUAGAUGACUUCUUAGAAUUUUAUAAGAUUGCUGCUCAAAUUGAUCCCAAUGAUGAGUAUAUUCAAACAAAAUUAUCUUUAUAUUCAUCAUGA